UUAAAUAACAUCACAGAGUACGGUCUAGACCUGCUCUUUUAUGAAAAGCGCUGUGAGAUAACUGUUGUUGUGAUUUGGCGCUAUAUAAAUAAAAUUGAAUUGAAUUGAAUUGAAUUGAAUAGAAAUCCUUACACGACUGGCCAAACUCAUAAAGACAGAUUUAUUUUUUUCCAUUUAGGUUUGGACCUAAAGUAUAAACAAAUUCAGUUUCUGAUCAAUAAUAUCAUCAUUACUAAACAUUCUGUACACAAAGCCCAUCAUGGAAUGUGCUCAGAAAUGAGUCCAAAGUUCUGCUUACGUCAGAUUAAGGCUUGAUGUCUGUUUAUUUUUCCAACGUACUAAUUUUAUUUAGUUAUUUUGUUGUUGUAAUAAAUAAAAAUGUUGUAAAGCCCAUGGCUGAUUAGAUUUUGUGUUUCCCCCAAUCUAAAUAAAAAAACAGAAAAUGUCUCCAGAAUGCAGGAAAUAAAGAGUUAAAUGCAAACAGUGCAAACAGCGGCUGCCGUCAGAUUAUCCGGCUGUGACAUGGACCAGAGCGUUCAGACCUGCCCGCUGGGUUUACUUUUUACUUUACUACUUUGGGACUUGGUAAUGAAUUUAAAGCUGAUGGAGUCACAUCCUUAAAUUUAUCAGAUAAAUAUCUAGUGUAGGAAUUUCUGCCUAAUGGCGUGAAAACCAGCAACAGGAACUCAAAAGUUAUUAAUAUUAUUUCAUCUGUGUUUACGUUAGGCCAUGGAGCCGGAACAGCUGAUCCAGACCCAACAGGACCAGAUUCAAAGGUCUGUUCAACACGGCCAGAAUGACACUCACUCGUCCACUUUCACAGUUCUUCUGAUGGAUUCCCAGACUUUAAUGUGACGAACCCCCACAGUCUGUGUGCUGAGCUCCAGCACCCCUUCAUCAGCACUAAACGUCUUUAUGUGAACUGAUUUUAAACUGGAUGUUAUUUAACAGUUUUCAUUCUAAAGACCUUUAACAGCAGAAUUCCCAGAAUAAGCAGCGAGUCUCAAACUGACGCCCGUGGGUCUCGACCAUGUGUCCAUAUGUGAGGACUUGAGAGUGAGAACGGGUUGCUUACAUGGUCCAAACCACCGUUAAGCGGAGUUCCUGGUGACUCAACGCUGCCUUCUGUUGUUGUGGGGAAAUGCAGCCAGAACAGUGUUACACUAAGAAAGGAACAACACACAACUACACAUUCAUUUCUUUAAACUCUCUAUUUGAACUUUUCUCAUUUCAAAAUGUUCCCAUGUGUUCCAGUCAGCUGAGCUCCGUCACAAUCUACUAACAAGACGGGAUUAUCUGGACAUUUUAUUGUUACUGCAGAUGGAAAAAUAAGAGCCAAUCCUGUGUGUUCAUACUCUGAAGAGACUCCGCCCCUCACAUGACUUCCUGAGACAAACCAGGAAACACGGUCAGACGGUAAGACUCCCCUUCAGACCAGAACCAGCACUUCCACUGAGAGAGGACAGCUACAGGAGGGAUACUGGGAAUACUGGGAAUACUGGGAAUACGAGCACUUCAACCUGCUGCUGAAUCCACAAACUGAACAAGAGUUUGACGAGAACAAAGACUCAAAGUGAAGGUAACUUUCAGGGCCGUUACUGAAGGAGGGAGUGGCUGACUGUUUCCUGUCUGAGCGUCUGCUGCUGUGACUUCAGCUUCACUCAGAGACUAAAUGGCUUCCAGAUUAGAGGAAGAUCUCUGCUGUCCUGUCUGCCAGGACAUCUUUAAAGAUCCUGUCAUCCUGUCAUGUUGCCACAGCUUCUGUAAAGGCUGUCUGCAGAGCUGGUGGACAGAGAGAGGAAGUCAGGACUGUCCAGUUUGUAAGAGGAGACAUUCAAAGGAUCAUCCACAUACUAACUUUUUAUUAAAGAGCCUGUGUGAGAGUUUCCUACAGGAGAGAGAUCAGAGAGCUUCAGAGGCUCUCUGCAGUCUGCACUCUGAGAAACUCAAACUCUUCUGUCUGGACCAUCAGCAGCCAGUGUGUGUCGUCUGCAGAGACUCAGAAAAACACAUCAACCACAGAUUCAGACCCAUCAAUGAAGCUGCACGACAACACAAGAAGGAACUUCAGGAAACUCUGGAGCCCUUAAAGGAGAAGUUAAAGGUUUGUGAACGAGUUAAAGUGGAGUUUGAUCAAACAGCAGAACACAUGAAGGUCCAGGCCCGACACACAGAGAGGCAGAUUAAGGAGCAGUUUAAGAAGCUUCAGCAGUUUCUAGAGGAGGAAGAGGAGGCCAGGAUGGCUGCACUGAGGGAGGAAGAGGAGCAGAAGAGUCAGAUGAUGAAGGAGAAGAUGGAGGCUCUGAGCAGACAGAUAGCAGCUCUUUCAGACACAGUCAGAGCCACAGAGGAGGAGCUGAGAGCUGAAGACGUCUCAUUCCUGCUCAACUACAAGGCUGCAGUGGAAAGAGUCCAGCAGCGCCCCCUGCUGGAUGAUCCACAGCUGCCCUCAGGAGCUCUGAUAGACCAGGCCAAACACCUGGGCAACCUGACCUUCAACAUCUGGAACAAGAUGAAGGACAUGGUCUCCCACACUCCUCUCAUUCUGGACCCAAACACUGCUGAUCCAGAACUCAUCCUGUCUGAAGAUCUGACCAGUGUGAGACGAGGAGGAGAGAGACAGCAGCUUCCUGACAAUCCAGAGAGGGUUGAUCAUUACUACUCUGUCCUGGGCUCUGAGGGCUUUAACUCAGGGACUCACAGCUGGGAUGUCGAGGUUGGAGACAAUACAGACUGGGAACUGGGUGUGUUAGCAGAGUCUGUCCAGAGGAAGAAAGACAUACGGUCUGGAUUAUGGAGAAUAUGGUUCUAUAGAGGUAAAUACUCAGCUCAGUCACCAUCAGCUCGACCCACUGUUCUCAGCGUGCAGAAGAAGCUCCAGAGGAUCAGAGUGAAUCUGGACUGGAACAGAGGAAAGCUGUCGUUCUCUGAUCCUGAUACUAACACACACAUACACACCUUCACACACACUUUCACUGACAGGAUGUUUCCAUAUAUUUACACUUUGGAUAAACUCCCACUGAAGGUUUUACCAGCGAAGGUCUUUGUGACUGUAGAACAACAGAGAUAGAUGAUGAUGAUGAUGGUGAUGGUGAUGCUGAUGACUAAAUGUUGUAGUUUUCAUUGUGUUGUUUCUGCUGAUAUGUUUAACAUGAAGUUGUCAUAUCUGAUCUAACAGAGAACCAGUGAAUUAAAGACUUCCUGAGUUUUAAGGAUGUAAAUAAUGACAGUUUAUCAAACUGCUGUA